CUCUGCUUCCGUACGCGUUUAAACUAAAGUCAUUCAAUUGCAGGAAGUUUUUCCCACGUUCGUGCCAUUUUAAUGCAAUUUAUUCUGCUCGAUUAAUGUGUGAACAGGAAUGGACAGUUAUUGACUAUUUGUGACUUCAAUCUGGAUGGGGCACGGCGAGAACUAAUUGUCCUACGUCGAAUUCCGACAUCCGGAGCGUCCUGUGCUUGACGCGAGCUCGUAUCAGAGCGCUAACGUAGUCGUUUGGUUGGUUUAUUUCGCUACUUGCUUCUAUGGAUAUAGAUAGGCGAGAUCGAACUCUCUUCUGCGGGAGUCUCGAUUCUAAGGUAACAGAAGAGCUUCUGCGUGAGCUGUUUGUUCAGGCAGGGCCUGUGGAAGACGUAAAAAUUCCAAAGGAUAACACUGGCCGGACCAAGAACUUCGCUUUCGUCACAUUUGUUCAUCCGGAAUCGGUCGGCUACACCCUAGCACUCAUGGAUGGCAUUUCGCUCUACGGCCGACGGAUUAGAAUGGAGCGGAGGCCGCAUGCAACUGUCGAUGACACAUACGUGAACAUGAUGAAAAGGCACUACGAGUACAUGGAUUCCGUCAGAGCGAGCGCCUACACGUUUAACCAUCCUGGUGACAUGUGGAGCUCAUCUUGCACACCUCAGGUCCAAGGACCACCGAGAGUUCAGAUGGCUAUGGACGGGCCAAUGUCAUUUGCUUCUGAGCGUUCAUUCGGGCCUGAAUCUGCCCCAUUUCGUCGCGAGUACAACCGAUCUGAAGUCUACCCGCCUGUCAACGAUUCCAAACGCUACGAUCGCUACCAUGGUCAAGAUCGCCAUGAUCGACAAGGUCGCCAUGAUCGACAAGAUCGCCACGAUCGACAAGAUCGCUACUUUCAAGCACCUGACCACUACAGAGGAUCUUUCAGGGAAUUUCGCUGUGACACAGAAGACCCAGACAUGCACAGCAAGCACCGUGGACAAAAUGGAUACGACAGAAGGUAUGAGGAGCCAAGGCACAGAAGGCCUGAAGACCGAGGUGACUAUCUCACGAGGAGACGCCGUUAUUGAUAGUGCAUCUCGCUAAAGCACCGCUACCACGUCUACUGGCUAUGUGUGUAAUUGAUUGGUUUUCUCAUUGUGCUCUCGUUAUUCAUACAAGAACAUUUAUUCAUAUUCAUAUUUGUGCCACAGGUGCUGCAUUAACAAUGUACUUAAAAAUUCCAUUGUUUGCUCAUUGGAUUCACAGUUUCCGUUUCACCAGUUGUUUUAUCACACACAUGGCACAUAGAGCCAUUCGCAAUAUUGAAAUGUUAACAGGCUUUUGUACGGGCAGUGAAUGCCAUCCUAGAAGGUACUUGGGCGGCAUUUUGCUCACCUUUAGUUCACUAUGGUAUGUUUGCUGUUGACGCAUAGACAUUUGCAUGUGGUGAAAAAUAAUUGACAAUUUUUGUGCAACAUAAAUGAGACAGUCAGUGAUAUUACUGCCUGUGUUACUUAUUCACAGCUGGUACCAACAGUAUAUUUUAUGUGCUUGAAUUACAUUUUGAGGCACAGGCAUUGUCAAGUCAAUUAGGAAGCAGCAGCAUCUAGCAUGCUCUGCGUUAAAUUUUCAUGGGGCUUUUCGUUUCGUUUGAUAUUGUUGUAAAAAUACUUUGUGACAAGAGCUGAAAACUUUUAAGGCAAUCUUUAAAAGCAAUCUGAUUGCCUUUGUCAUGUUAAUUGGCUUUGUAAAGCUUGUAUUGUGAAGCUUUUUAUUUAAGGCUUACAAAACUAAGGCUAGUUCCCCUAAAUCUGCCUCUAUUGUUUAGAAUUUUUAGGAAGUGCACACUGUAAAUAGCUGUUAAGAAAUUGUACCUGUGCAUGGCUUGUGAUGUAUAUCUUCCUCAUUGCAAUUGUAAUGCAUUUCACUCAAGUGUAGUGCAUGCUAUUGCAGCAGUCUUACAUGUAGAGAAGUGGGACUCUCUCAGAGAGUAGUCCUUCUGGGUGAGGAAAUAUGCUCCUGUACAAAUCAUUUCAUCUUUUCAGACCGGACACCAGUCAUCUUAUCACUGCAUAUUUUGUUGUGAUAUGCAAUACAGAGUUUUAAUGGGUCAGCUUCAUUCGUACAAAAUGUAACAUCUUCACUUUGCACUUGGGCAUUCAUUGGUUUGACGUACAUUUGGACUUGGCAAAAUGUCACUACAACUUGUUGUCACUAAUUUUUAUAUGUCAUCAUGUGUCAUGGAGAAAAAAAAAACAACUAAAAAGUACCUGAGCACACUGCUGUAUAUAGUCUUUUUCUUUUGUAGUUGCUCAUCAUCAGAUCUCACUUUUAUUUUUGGGAACAUGACCAGUAAGCUCAAAAUACAUUCUUGUGCCAACUGUUAUGGUUUUAUUUGAAAGAUGAGUGUAUCUUUUAUUUUUAUUUUGAAAAUUGUGUGCAGUGUUUUGGCAACUUGACUGUCGGAAGGCGUUCAUGAAAAGUAGUUAAUUGAACUAACUGAUUUGCUUGGUUAAUGCAGCCUUAUUUCAGGCACGAGGAUAAGGGUUUUUGUUUGUGGAACACAGAUGUCUUAAUAAAGAUGUGAGCUCUACUC